AUGCAAGAUGGAACUGGUAAAAACAACAUGGUUUGGAUAUCAGUGUCCGGGGUCAAGCCGGUCCCCAAGGACACUCAGUCUGAAAGUGAGGAUUCGGGGGUGUCGAAUGACGAUAUAACCAUAUCUAGUGAGAAUGACGACGGAGAGAGGAAAACAGAGAUUGAGUUCAACACAGAAUUUAUUCCUGGGGUUGGCGAGGAUGAAAAAGAGAGUGACGAUGGUGAACGAGAUUUACCCCUUAAAAUCCUUCAAAAUGUGGAUGAUGUUUGUCCGCUGGAAUCUACAGUACCUCACGAUGCAACAGUUUACUUGCGAUCACAACCUGAAAAGUCAGUAGACCUUCAAGAGAUGCUGAAACAUGAGGCGGAAGUGAUUUCUAGCGUCCAGACGAAACCCGGAGAUAGUUUGGUGAAUGAGUUGCUAAAUGUCCCCCUACAGAAGUCUGAACACACCAAGGGUGAGCCUGAUUGGCAGGAUUAUGUGGAUAAAAACAAACGUUGGUUAUGGGUUGUAUUAGAGGAAUCAGAAAUAGAAGGACAAAGAGUCUGUGAGUUUAAAACAAAUCAUCUUCCCACUACCAUAGGUCAUGAGGUGAAGAUGACCGGUUGGAUUAUAAGUGGUGUCACUCCUAGGAAAAACGAAACUAAACAUUUAGAUGCCGGUGGCUCAACUAUAUGA